GACCAGGAGGAGCAGCGCACAGGUCCGACUUUACAACAGGCAGAAGGGAGGCUUCACCGCGGCUGCAACUUGUUCAAAGUUCCUGACAUUAGAUUAUGUGGAGAGAAACACAACCGGGCGUAUAUUCAUCAGGUGUUUUAUAAAGAUAACACGAGUGGGUCUAAGUGGUGACGUUUAGGUUUUUUUUUUUUUUUUUUUCCUGUUUGUGAUUUGGUCUUCCUGAAAAACACCUGCGGGAUUCAGGUAACUCCCCGAUGAAGAGGGAAGUCCUUGGGCGCAGUGAGCGGUGAAAAGCGGUUUGCCCUGCCAGGAUGUGUCCCAAUCCAAGUAUAUGUGGGGGCAACAACCGUCCCAACAGGUCUGAAUCCAGAGGUUCGGGCGCCCACUAUGCCCUGUGUGCCCUGGGAGUGGGACUCAUCGGCCUUGGGAUUGUCAUGAUAGUUUGGACUCUGACACCCUUUGAUAAGACGUCUUCAGAAUCCAACUCCAACUCUACAAACGCGACUAAGAAGCCUGACGACCCUGAUGACCCCGAAGACGCCAAAGGCUUCACAAAUUCCUCUGUGGCGUUGGUGCUAGUCGGAGUGGGGAUAGUCCUGCUGCUGUUGUCCAUUUGCCUGGGUGUGAGGAGUAAGAGGAGAGCGUUAAGCCUGCCCGCGCCAGCAGGAGGCCCCCUCAUGAACCACAUCCCAGGAGAGGAACCGCCGACCGUCGACCCAGAGGCUUAUAACGUGCCCAGCUACGACGAGGUUGUUGGCAGCGGAAACUACCCCGUCCGCCAGAGCAACCUGAGGCAGAGCACCUCACAGCUGCCGUCCUACGAGGACAUCCUCGCCGCCGUGGAAAACGAGGGAUCGCAGCCCCCGAACAACACCACAGAGAACAGCCCUCUGAAUGAGCAAACGCCAGCGGCUGCUCAGCCCCCCGCCGACCACGCCGCUCUGGAGUCGCAAUCCAGUCUGCCCGCACGCAGCGCCAGCCGGGCCAGCCGUCUACUGAAGCCCCUCAGAGUGAGGCGGAUAAAGUCGGACAAACUGCACCUGAAAGACAUCCGCCUUCAGAUCCGCACGCCCACGCAGAACCCGGUGACCAUUGAACCCAUCACGCCGCCCCCACAGUACGAGAACAAGAUGCCUGAGUUACAGUAAAAGCUCGGCCUGGUGGUUUCCCAAUCGGCCAAUGGCUGAUUAGAAUAUAUGAAAAUUUCUAAUGGAUUUAAAGGACCGGUGGUAAUAUAUCUGAGAGCCUGUAAGAGCACCAUGAAGUAGUUAGAUGCGCCCGUUGAGCAGGAUGAUGGAGGCAGACGCACGCCCAGAAAUGAGAACUCUUCUUUUAUCAACGAAGCUUCAGAUUGGCUGAUCGGUUUCUGUCGUCAUGCGUUAAUGCAUCCAAGCAAAAGGAUUUUUAAGUAUAACUUAUGUCAAGAAAAGUGCAGCAUUUCAGUUUUAUUUAUUAUUCGAAUAGAAUGCCUGUCUUUAUCAGAAAUAUGUUAGUGUGUAAAAGGAAACCAUGUGUAGUGUUGCAGAGGGAGAAACGGGGAAUUAUCAGGCAGAUGUUUGGUUUGAGAUGUACAAACUGUGACCAGAAGAAGUGAGGAUGCAGAUUUAGGUUGUCUAAAAGAAGACGGGUUAAAUGUCGUCAUUCAUACACACCAUCAAAAAUUAUAAUUUUAAACUAUUACUUAGCUGAUAUGUUUUUGAGACAUUUACUUGUUUUUGUUUUUUUUAUUAUCAAUGUUUAAAUGCUAAAGUAUCCACAACUAUAUUUUAAUAUUUUAACAUGGUGGUGAAUAAAUGUUUUUUUUCUUUUAGUUUCUCUCAGGAUGUACCUUAAGUGUAUGUUGCAGAUGUGUAAUGUUGCCCUUUUUUAUGCACGGAUCAUUUGCAUGGUGGUAUGUGUAAAAGUCGCUGUAAGAACUGUAUAUAUUUGUAAAAGACAAAUACUGUUUUAAUUUUGGGUAAUAAAAUUUACUGUCAAUUUUU